AUGAUUAUGGCUUAUACAAUGGAGCAUAUUCAACUUCAUCGACGCUUAGCAUUGCUUGUACUCAGCUUUGUUGGUUCAUCAACCAAAUGGAGUAUGGCUGGAUUGAUGGGUGUUACAGCUUUUUUGAGUAUGUGGAUCAAUAAUUCAGCUUCUGCAAGUAUCAUGAUGCCAGCAGCGAUCGCUAUUAUUGAUGAAGUUGAAAACUAUCAAAAACAAAUGCAACAGCAAGAACAAGCAUCAGAAAUCGAACGGCAAUCAAGAAAUAUUGCAACAGUAGAUAAAGCAGUCGCACUUGAUGUUGAAACAAUCAAUGCAGAAAAAAAGACAGAACAGUUAUCUUCACAUGAUAGUGUUUCUAUAAAUUGCAGCGAGUUGAUGAUUGUCUACGUUACAGAUGGAACAACAGCUAUACUCAUUGGUUCAUUGCCGUUGAUUUUACCAGAUCAAAACCCAUUUCAAAAAAAUUGGAAAUAUAAACCGAUUAUUCAAUGGAAUCAAUUGUCGAAAUCAUUUCCAUGGGGUGUAUUCAUGUUGCAAGGUGCGGGUUUGGCUAUUGCCGAUGGAUUUAAGGCGUCUGAUCUGUCAACAACUAUUGCCAGUAGUCUGCAGUUUAUUGUUGGAGCACCUAAAACACUUGUUAUUUUUGUUGCCAUCGUCAUUGGUGCUGUGUUCACUGAAUUUACAAGUAAUAUCGCAUGUGCUAGCAUCUUAUUUCCGGUUUUUGAUAGCAUCGCUCGCACAGCUAACAUCCAUGCAGCUUAUCUUAUUAUGCCAUCGUGUAUGGCUGCUUCACUCUCGUUCAUGUUACCAAUUGCUACACCACCGAAUGCUAUGAUAUUCUCUAGUGGUCAUGUAAAAAUUAUGGAUAUGAUCAAAGCAGGCAUCGGAAUUAAAAUUAUCGGUAUUCUGGUGAUUUUGCUAGCAUCAACUACUUUUCUUGGACCUAUCUUUCAUGUGAAUCAACUGCCAUCCGUCGUUAAUGCUGCCACCAUGAUGACCAACAAUACUAUUGGAUAA